CCUACGAUGGCUGCCGCCAGCAGGAGCUAUCAUUAUAGGGAACUCAAAUCACCAUUCAGACGGAAAAUAAUGCCUCUGACAUCGUACUGGACUUUUGCUUUUCUUAUAUUUAUUACAAGUCAGUGUUUGGCCGACGAUGACCACGAAAUGGAGGAGUUUUUGAAGCGGGAAUAUUCCCUUUCCAAGCCGUAUCAAGGUGUGGGAUCCUUAGGCUCUUCCCACUGGGAGCUGCAAGGGGAUGCCAUGGUAACCACCGACCAGGUGCGCCUUACACCUGACAUGCAGAGCAGGCAGGGGGCAGUGUGGAGCCGCCUUCCUUGCCAUCUGACGGACUGGGAGAUGCAGGUGCACUUUAAGAUUCACGGGCAAGGGAAGAAGAACUUGAAUGGUGAUGGGCUGGCCAUUUGGUACACUAAGGAACGGGCGCAGAAAGGUCCUGUGUUUGGAAAUGUGGACAACUUCACUGGCUUGGGUGUGUUUGUGGACACAUAUCCCAACGAGGAGAAACACUUAGAGGCUCAGAAGAAAAGAUAUACUCCUCGCACACAGAGGAUUUUCCCCUUCGUUCUGGCCAUGGUUGGGAACGGCACCAUCAGCUACGACCACGAGCGGGACGGCAGGCCCACAGAGCUUGGAGGAUGCAAUGCCAUGGUGCGCAACCUUAAACAUGACACCUUCCUCUUCAUCCGAUACGUCCGCCGCAGGCUCACGGUAAUGAUAGACAUCGACGGGCAACAUGAGUGGAGGGACUGCCUGGACAUACCCGGAGUGCGGCUUCCCAAAGGCUAUUAUUUUGGAGCUUCAGCCAUCACUGGAGACCUCUCAGACAACCAUGAUAUAAUUUCCCUGAAACUCUACCAGCUGACGGUGUUGCGGAGUCAACAGGAAGAAGAGGAGGAGGAGGAGAUAACCAUACCCAGUGUGGAUAACUUUGAGCUCCUUAGACUGGGUCAGACUGAAGAAGGGAUGAGUGGAAUAGCUAUUUUCUUCACCGUGCUCUUCUCCAUGCUGGGUUGCAUCUUCCUCAUCGUCAUCAGCCUGGUGGUCUACAGCCACUGGAACGAGAGCCGGCGCAAGCGCUUCUACUGAGAAAGACUUGAAAAACAACAGAGGUGGUGAUUGUGAUGACUACUGCGGUCCGUGGACCCAAACGCACUGAGACGGAAGUGAAACACUGCUUUGAAAGCAACAGGUUGUUUAAUCCUGAGGACAACAUUAUUUUGACAGGAGACGGAGGUAGAUGUAUCACCUGCUGCAAAAAGCCAUCGUCCAACUUUACCAUUGGAAGUCAUGAAGCAGCCCCUGCCUGACACACACCAACUGGGCCUUACCAUCCCCACCUCUGUACUUCUGACACAGCACAUGUGCAGAAUGACACCAUAUGAGCAGCUACGUUUUUUUUUGUUUGUUUUGUUUUUGUUUUUGUUUUUUUUUGUUUUUUGUCACCUUUUUUUUUUUUUUUUUUUUUAACUAAUUUCAGUUGUCUGAUGAUUUUAUGGCUUUGAGAAACACAAUAUGUAAAUAUCCAAUGUGUUCCUACUCUGCAGUAUGACUUGGAGCAUUAGCCAAAUAGCACUAAAAACCAACAAUGCUAUCCUUACUGUAGCUCCUUGCUAACGAAGGAUGCAUCUCUCCUCUUCUUUGCAUUAGAAAAAGCAUCUCUGUGCUUUGUACUCAAUCAUUUUGAUGCUGAGUGUAUGCUGUAUAGUAUGCUGUAAAUUCUCAUCUUGUUGUAGUAUGCAUGGCAUUAGUUUAGGUUAUUUUUAUGAAUCGUCUAGGGUAAUGCUUGUCUUUGUUUUUCAUUUCUGCUUGACCUUUUUUGUGUACUGAUGAUGUAAAGCUUAUGGAAACUGACCCGUCUCAUUGAUGCAUGUGGCAAAGAUUAGGGUGCUUCAGGGAAACGUUUGAUUUAAAUUUUUAUCUUUGACAAAGCUCUCAUGUAUCCAGAUAUUAUGUGUGUGUUUGAAGGAAUGGAAGUUUUGUGAUCAGUUUAGAGCAAAUCCUUUUAAAUAUAUUUAAAAUAGAUGCGUUUAAAUGUCAGAAAUGGACUCUGCACUGAAGAGAAUUUUAACGACCACUCGUUUAUUGUGACUACUUUCCCCCUGCUGACACUUUUUCUUUGCACAUUCAUAACUAAAAUGAUUUUGUUGUAUGUAAAAACACCACCUCUGUGUUGCUGUGUCGUACAUGCCUUUGCAGUGAACUGAACCAACAUGCUGGUUUGCCCUCAGGUUGCCUCCUCUGGAUGGAGGUGUUGACCAGCUGUUGGCGCCGCCCCUGUCUUCUUUUAUAUGUUCUGGAAACAGUCGCAGGCGUCAUGUCGGCAUCAUGUAUCUUUUAUGUGGUGCGUUGCUUUCAGUUGUGCAAUGAGUGAGGGCUUCCUCAUUUCCUGUAGCCACUUUGACAACCGCUCCACCUUAUUUAUAUUCUGUUUGUUUUGUAUGAAGACGUUUGCCUCAUGUAUACAUCCAGUAAUUUAUUUUGAUCCAUUCCUGUCUUGUGUCUUUGUCCUGGACUAUUUGUAUUGACUCAUUAAAGACCAAUCAAGA